CUCCCGUCCUUCAGGCACUCCCUCUCCUCCCCGCACCUGGCAGGGGGAGCGGAGGUCCCCGCGCGCCGGCCAGCGCCCCCCACCCACGCCGCCGGGUCCUGGUCGGCCUGCAGUGACAGCGGCGGUGCAUUGUGGGGCUUGUAGUGCGGGACUGGGGCUGGGUGGGUGGGCGCGGCCGCAGCAGUCGCAGCGGGGCCAUCUUCGGCGGGCGAGUGGGCUCGGCCUGUGCAGCCCGCACCUGCGUCCCUCGCCCGGCCCGAUGGCGCCGCGGCCGCUGGGCCCCUUGGUGCUGGCGCUGGGCGGCGCCGCGGCGGUGCUGGGCUCGGUGCUCUUCAUCCUCUGGAAGACCUACUUCGGCCGCGGCCGAGAGCGGCGCUGGGACCGGGGAGAGGCCUGGUGGGGCGCGGAGGCUGCUCGCCUCCCCGAGUGGGACGAGUGGGACCCCGAGGACGAGGAGGACGAGGAGCCGGCGCUGGAGGAGCUGGAACAGCGCGAGGUGCUGGUGCUGGGGCUGGAUGGCGCAGGCAAGAGCACGUUCCUGCGCGUGCUGUCGGGGAAGCCACCGCUGGAAGGCCACAUCCCCACCUGGGGCUUCAACUCCGUGCGUCUGCCCACCAAGGACUUUGAGGUGGACCUGCUAGAAAUUGGUGGCAGCCAGAACCUGCGCUUCUACUGGAAGGAGUUUGUGAACGAGGUGGAUGUGCUGGUGUUUGUGGUGGACUCGGCUGACCGACUGCGGCUGCCCUGGGCCCGACAGGAGCUGCACAAGCUGCUGGACAAGGACCCUGACCUGCCUGUCGUUGUGGUGGCCAACAAGCAGGACCUGAGCGAGGCCAUGAGUAUGGUGGAGCUGCAGCGGGAGCUGGGCCUACAGGCUAUCGAUAACCAGCGGGAGGUUUUCCUCUUGGCAGCCAGCAUUGCCCCUGCAGGACCCAGCUUUGAAGAGCCUGGCACCGUGCACAUCUGGAAACUGCUCUUGGAGCUUCUCUCCUAGGCUGGAGCUCUCCUGCUCACCACCUGCCUGUCAAGACCACAGUUGUACUGCAGCUGCUUCAUUGCCAGACUGGGCCUGGGGCAAGAGCCACAUGGCAGCAUUUCCCUUUUCCCCUCCUUUGCCUUUCAAGAGCAGGACCUGGGCAAGGCCAAGAACCAUGCAGAAGCCUUCCUGGUGAGGUGGCCGCGAAGCCGAAGCAGGGAGGCGGGUGAGACAGAGGGUGGGGAGGAUAGUGUCUGGCUCAUUCCAGGCUGGAAUGUGGAUCCAGCUUUCCCUUCUCUUACCUGUACAGUGAGAUGCUCAGUGGGCUCAAUCCUCCACUACAGGUCCUGGUGCCUGAGGAACCAGUGUAGGUGUCAGAAAUACUCCUAGAGCCUCAAGAUCUCCCAGUCUAGACUGUUCCCUCCUGGUGACGUCAUGCCUUUCUCAUGUGGGCAGCUUCUGAGUGGUGACACAGCAGCCUUUGUUCCCGUCCUGCAUUGUCUAGCCCCAGCUCCACCUAAGUGACUUGUGGCCUUGUGCAAUCUCUGCCUCUCUGACCCCAGGACCAUUAUUUUUAAAGGGAGGUGGUUUCCUAAUUCGGAGAUGCCUUUCCCAGCCAUGGGAGUAUGAAGUGCUAGGAUGAACGUGGCCACCCUAGCAAGGAGCUUUCUGAAGACCUCCCUGCUUUUCCCUGAGCCCAGGCCUGGCCUGCCAGCCUCUCUUGACUACAGAAUAACUGAUAUUCACCCACCAAACAGAAAAAGUGAAGGCUGGGUUUUUUCCCCUCUAAUCUGGAGACAAGCUGCUGCUCUUGUACUAAGUGUGCCAAUGCCCAUGUUUACAUAAGUCAGGGGAAGGAAGGAGCCUGUGUCCCUGGGACGACAGUCAACUGGAGCUAGGUGUUGACCUCAGAACUGCAUUUUAUUUAUUAAUUUAUGAGCAGAACAGGCCAGAGUUCUAGGCUCUGUUUCUAGGUGCUGUUAUCAAAACCCCAGAUGAUAGUGAUAGAAAAUUUGGAACUUAGGAAAAUAGCUGGAAUCAUGAAUGACAAUGAGAUAACGCACAGAUGUCCCUGGAGACAAAGUUGUAGGUUCCUCCUCCCACCUGGCUUUGAGGCUGUCGUCGAUAUCCUAGUACUUUACAUGGAUGCACAUGGACUGAAACUCACCACUUGGCCCAGGAUGUUGAAAGGGUGCAAGUUCCUUCUGGGCAGAUAAGAAAUGACUGUGGGAGAGGAUUUCCCUUAUGUGAAUCUAGGUAAAAAGAUGGAAAAAAAUUGUAUUAUGUGAUCCUAAGGACAGGGAUAGCAGACCAGCCAACGGGGCGGCCUUGGGUACAUCACUCAGCCUUUCCGGGCCCAGUUUUUCCCCAGUGAAAGCCAAGUUGGACUGAAUUUCUGGAGUUCUCGUCAGUGCACAUUCCAUAGUUCUCCAGUGCUUGGCGAUCAGCCCAAUUUAAGGACUGGCUCUGUACUGACAUUUAUUAUUGGUGCAGGCAAAGAGGAGCCUGUUGUCUGUUAGGGACCACUACAUCAACAACCACAAAUGGAUUUUUUUUUUAAGAGGAGCUGUGCACCUCAAUUUGCUGUCUAGUUGAGAAUAGAGAUUGUGUGCCUUCAUUUCAUUUGACGUUUACCCAGCAUGCCUCAGUUCCACACCGUGACCAGUGUAAGAAGAGGGACUACGAUAAAAACAGUUCAACAGGCCGCAAGGAGGGCGGGAAAUUCUGAAGUCCAGAAGCGAGUGUGAUCUUUGGAAUAGUGGCUGCUGUGCCCUUGGGCACCAUUUAAAGAAUCACUGUCCUUUAAAGUGCUGGUUCACUUUCUGCAGUAAGAAGUGAUUUAUGUGCUCUUAUGUAAAAUUUUAAGGAAUGACUUGGGUUUUAGAGUAGGCUUUGAAACUUUGCUGGCAGCUUUUCAUUUUGUCAUUGGAAGGGUAAGAGACUUUUCUCCUUUGUUCUAUGAACUCCUUGUUCUUCAGUGCUUGAAGGUGUUAACCAAAAAAAACCUUAGACAACUUUAACGAAGUUUAAAAAGUAUGUUCUGUUUUGAGCAGAAAAAAGAUUCAUGAACUGGGUGGUACUUAGCACCAAAAGCAGUUCAGAAUGCUCAGCCCCACAAUGUGUGUAGGCUACAUUUAUAGCCAGAGAAACGAAAAUAACUUAGAUUGCCUGAUUGGCUGCAGUCUGGCAUUUGCCUUACCUGAACAUGUUUUAGCAGCCUUCAGCCGAUGAUUGACUGAAGGUUUGGCUACUGUGAUUGGCUAAAAUUCGGCUACUUGUUAGAAGAACAUACUUUUAGGUUAGGUUACGAGUUGUUUACACUUUAAGUUACAAUUCACUGUGUACAGAGGCAGCUUUAGGCCAGACUUAAUUCAGCUUCACAGUGUCCCCCAUUUUGCUCAGCCCCUUAAUUUUGAGAGAUUGACCAAAAUCCCAGGCACUGCCACUACCUUCUGUCACUAUUUGACCUCAUUAUGGAACCUGCAGUUUACAGUGUUAAAUCAGUUAGAGGAUGCUUUAUGUCUUCAUGUUUCUGUUACUCUAACCGUAAUGAGACCAUUUGAGGUACAAAGGAUGACUGCAUCGGUGUAUUUAAGACUACAACACAUCAGUGGGGACCUUAGGAUGGCUAUCAGGAGUGUAAUACCAAGGAACUGGAAUGCAUUCCUUAAUAUGAGUCUCCACAAACCAAACCGAUCGGAAUCAAACAACUCAAGUUCAGACGAUAAAAACAGUUCAACAGCAUGCAAGCUCUGUUGCUCACAGCCUGUUCAGGGUAUAAUGGCAAUUAAGGACAUAGUUCACUCUGAAGUACCUGAAUUGUAAAGUGUUUGAUUUUUUAGUUAGCUUUUGGUAACACAAGUCGUAGUGAUUGGGAUACCCACUAAAAGAAACAUGAAGAUUAGAAAACCUUGAACAGCUAAGCUUGCUGUCUACCAUUCAGGAUGCCCGCAAACCAACCACUAGCUGCUCCUGCAGACACAUUAUGUGUUCCUUUUCCCUGAGAAAUACCCUUGAUGUGUUUGGUGGCAGUAUCUACAAAAGCGGCAGCCACCACCGCCUCUUUAAGCUCUCCAUAGUAGUAGAAUCGGGAAAGAGAGGCACAGCGUUCAGUUUUGUUCAGCACCAUACACAAGCUCCUAGCUGGGCAAAGGAAAUCUAAAGCUGCAUGAAGUUCCAUUACGUGUUUUUGUUGAACACAGAUGGCCUCAUCCAUCCGUCCAUCUGUGGCUUCUACCUGUGCGAAUCUCUGUGCUACAAAAUUUUUUUCAAUUUAGCAUUAACUUUAAUUUCCAUAUAGCUGGCACCCCACUGCCGCCAAAAGUGAGUCCGCAGGAACCCCACUGGAACAUUUGCUCAGUGGAAAGUAACUAAUCAUCUGUUUCAAGGUUGGUAUUCAUUUUAGUCUUUGACCUCUGAUUAUGGGGACUUUCAGGGAAAGCUGUUCGCAAGGCAAGCGUGAAUCAGGUGAAACAGCAAGAUCUGAAGUCAGGACAGAGUAAGCACAUUAUCCACAGACCUAAUAUGUACCCUCUGGAACUGUAAAGUGGGGGCCAACUGGUAGCAUUUGAGCAGGGGUCACUUAUGUUCCCCCAUAAGUCUGCACAGCUCCUAAACAAGGUCCAGUGGGGAACUUGUUUUUAUGUGGUCCCUUUAUAGCAUGCUGUAAGGGUGCAUAACCACAGCCAGUGAGAAGGCACCCUACUGGAUUUAACCCAGUGACAUUAUAUAAGCAAUCGCUUGGAGCCACAUAGGUAGUCCCCAGGUCCUGAAUAUGUGGCUCCUGAAAGCACAGGUGCAGGCAGUAUUCCUUGCAUAGGCAUUACCCGGACAGGUUUUCCAUAUUGGCACUUAUUAGUUAUUAAUUGAAAAGGUCAGGGUGCCACUUCCAGCGAGUGUAGGGAAGCAAGCAGUAGUGGUGUUUAGAAUAUCAAGGUUAGCUGCCGGAUGCGGUGGCUCACACCUGUAAUCCCAGCACUUUGGGAGGCCGAGGUGGGCGGAUCACGAGGUCAGGAGAUCGAGACCAUCCUGGCUAACACGGUGAAACCCCGUCUCUACUAUAAAAUACAAAAAAUUAGCUGCGUGUGGUGGCACGCACUAAUAGCCUGUAGUCCCAGCUAUUAGGGAGGCUGAGGCAUGAGAAUCACUUAAACCUGGGAGGCGCAGGUUGCAGUGAGCCGAGAUCACGUCACUGCACUCCAGCCUGGGAGACAGAGCGAGACUCUGUCUCAGAAAACAAAAACAAAAAGAAACGGUUAGCAUUCCACUCUUCCUUUGGGGUUUCAGGGUGACUCAUUGGGAAAAUGGAGAGAUACUGGCAUUAAUGGAAUCGUUUCCUGAUCUGAGCAUUAAGUCACAAACCCAACAGUAACUCCAGUUUCUUGCUAGAGCAUUAGCCUUUGCUAAAGCCAGCCCCAGAUUAUGGUCCCAUGGAUUUUCCCAUAAAGAAAGGGAAAGGAUUUGCGGGCAGAAAAUAGGAAAGAGAGGCAGAAAGGUAAGAUUUUUGUGAUUGCAGUGAAGUCUUCAUCCACAUCUAGGGAAAGCUGUUCAUGUCUAGGAUGUGAUCUGCUUCUGGGGAAAAGCGUCCCUGGUUAGCUUUACCUUAAAGUCUCCAACAGGUGUGUAGUUCCGGGAGUCUGGAGAGGUCCUUUUGAGUUGUGAGAUGUGGACCCAAGGUUCGAAGCCCUGAAGUUUUAGCACAGUGUGGGUAAUAGAAGAACUUGGUAUCGUCUCUAUGAGGUUUAAGGGCACUUUUUCUCUGAUACCAUCUCCAGAAGACCUAGUCUCAGGUUACAGAUUGUGAAGGCUUUGAUGGUCCUCUGUGGGUCACAGAAAGUUUAUUUUAUUUUGUCAAAAUACAGUGUGACAUAAUGCAUUAGAGCUUUGUAGUAUUUAGUGGUAUCAGCAUUUAGGAGAGUAGGAACUACGUGAAGUUCUGUUAGGAGCACAGGCUUUCUAGUAACUAUUUCAUAGGGGUUAAUCUGUGUCUGUCGUAGGAAUGGAUCUGAUCUGCUGACCAAAGGCAAUGGUUGACUUUCUUCUUCAGAGAUCAGAAAAAAAUGAAAUUCAAAGCCAAUGGUAGUACCUUUGGCCAAGAUAAUCCAAUCAAUUCAGUUAAUUUUGCCAAUUUGAGUUUUAAAAUAUAAUUUGUCCUUUUGACCUUUCCAGAAGACUGAGGGUGAAAGGGACAAUGGCAGUGCCACUGUGUUUCUAACACUUUAUUUAGCUGCGUCAGAGUUUGUCCAAUAAAAUGAGUUCCUCUGUCACUGGAGAUUUUUCCAGAGAUGCCCCAUAAAGGAAACACAUGUUCUUAUAACUCCUUAGCUACUGUCAUAGCAUCAGCUCUCCUACACAGGAAAGCUUCUAUCCAACCAGAAAACAUGCCACCUAUUACAAGAACGUACUGAUACUUAAUUGAGGGUGGCAGUUGAAUGAAGUCCAUCUGUAAGUGUUCAAAUGGUCCAUCAGGUGUUGGUGGAAAUACACCACUUGGAGUUUUUAUUAUCUUCCCCGGAUUAUGGGUUUGACAAACCAAAUAUUGGUUAUAACCCAUUUUAGCAUUUUAGAGUAGUCACACUAUCAAUAUUUUUUAUAAUUUGGAUCAUUUUGCUCAUUUCAUGAGGAAUUGUGAGGUGCAGAGAUUGUUUUUUUGUUUGUUUUGUUUUGAGGCAGGAUCUCACUCUGUCACCCAGGCUGGAAUGCAGUGGUGCAGUCAUGGCUCACUACCACCUCCACCUCCAGGGAUCAAGCAGUCCUCCCACCUCAGUCUCCUGAGUAGCUGGGACUACCGGUGUGCGCCACCAUCCCCAGCUAAUUUUUGUAAUUUUUAUAGAGAGGGUUUUACCCUCUUGUCCAGGCUGGUCUUGAACUCCUGGGCUCAAGCCAUCUGUCCAGCUCAGCUUCCCAAAGUGCUGGGGUCAUAGGGAUGAGCCACCAUGCCUGACCGAGUGCAAAGCUUUUAACAAGGGAAGUUUCAAGGGCUCAGGAACGACCAGGGGGCCAUCUAGGCUCUCCAUGAGUUCACGCUUAACAUUAUGUUUACUGUCAGAUAACAAUUUUGGUUUUCCACAUCAGGUGCAUAGCACUAUUAGAUGGGUCAUCAUAAAGGUCAUCAAUCUAGUGGCAUUCAUUCCAACUGCACAUCCUAACUGUUUCAGCACUAUCUGAUUUAGCAUGAAAAUCUGCCAGGGCAGUCCCUUAAUAUUCAGGUUCAGCUUUCCAUGUAUGGGCUUCAAUCUUAUAAGAAUUUGUUAUUUAUUUUUCACCUUUACUCAAGAUACCUUGGAACUUAUAGCAAUUUGUGAUGGCAACAGGAUAGUAGCAAGUUCAUCCACUUGAGUCUGUUUUUAAUGGGGGCUCCACUAGAAGUGAGCAACCCUCUUUGUUUCCAUAACAUGCCAAAAUUGUGGACUACAAAGGCAUGUCUGCUAUGUAUAUAGCAUUUUCUGAUUUCCCUUUAGCUAUGUGACAAGCUCAAGUGAGAGCAAAAGCUCUGCAGUUUGAGCUGACUGAAAUUGGGAAGAGUCUGCUUUUUAUUAACUCAUUUUGGGUUUAAAUGACAUAUUUUGCCAAAGAAUAAUUUCAAAUGGGGGCCGGGCGCUGUGGCUCAUGCCGGGCAUGGUGGUGGGCACCUGUAGUCCCAGCUUCUCGGGAGGCUGAGGCAGGAAAAUGGCGUGAACCCGGGAGGCAGAGCUUGCAGUGAGCCGAGAUCGCACCACUGCACUGCACUCCAGCCUGGGCAACAGAGCAAGACUCCAUCUCAAAAAAAAAAAAAAAAAAUUCAAAUGAUGUUGUUCUACUUGCUGAAAAAUGCUGGAUUUGACUGGAAUUUAAUAGACUUUCCACACAUGUGGAACUUGCAAAAAAAAAAGUUCAUUCCCUAAAACCAGGUCAGAUGAACCCUUUACCAAUCUGGUGGUUGCUGCCACUGCCUUUAAACAAUUAGGAUAUGCCUUAGCUAUGGGGUCUAAUUGCAGGCCAUGAUAUGUGAUGGGCCUGUGCUUUCCCAACUAUGUUCUUUUUUAUGUAUGUAUGUAUUUAUGUAUUUGUUUUUUGAGAUGGGGUUUUGCUCUUCUUGCCCAAGCUGGAGUGCAGUGGUACAAUCUCAGCUCGCUGCAAUCUCCACUUCCCAGGUUCAAGUCAUUCUCCUGCAUAAGCCUCCUGAGUAGCUGGGAUUACAGGUGCCCGCCACCACGCCCAGCUUAUUUUUUGUAUUUAGUAGAGAUGGGGUUUCACCGUGUUCGUCAGGCUGGUCUCGAACUCCUGACCUCAGGUGAUCCACCCGCCUCGGCCUCCCAAAGUGCUGGGUCAACUAUGUUCUUGGGUAAGACCUCCUAAUGCCUGAUUGUUAUGUUUAUGAACAAACAAGGUGAAGGGUUCAGUAUAAUUUGGAAAUCCUAGAGCAACCAUAUCUGUUACUUUCCAUCCUGGUUUAUAUUUCUUAAUUAGACUGCGAAGUUCUGAAUGAAGUCUUUUUUAAAUAGAGCAGUUAAUGCCAUUUCUGUCUCUGCAGGUUUCACAAGUAGUGUUUCUAAAUGAGCUCUAUAAUCUGAAACUGGUUCAUCUUUCUUUUGCCCACAAGAUUAUGUGAUUGACCAAUCAAUUUUUUGUGGAAAAGCCUUAGGGAUUGAAUUUAAAAGAUUUUUGGCAAUUCUUCUAGUUCCUUUUGGCCCUCCUCUUGGGGUUUUGGAGUGGUCUUUAAUAUCCUCAGGCUGUUUCCAUUCUGCUCCUGCUGUCAGUUUUCAAGCUUCACCAGUAUCGUGUGAAUAAAUUGGUAAAGAUUAGAGAGUCCUGGAUCAUAAGCUCCUAUGAGGAUUCUCAAUUUUCCAGUACAUUUUUGAGUAUUUUCUCUUGGAUUAGUUAAGUCUUUAUGAUGGAUCUAAGCUCAGCUUUAGACCAUGGAGUAAAAGUGGUUACAGCAGGCAGGCUGGUUGACUAGAGAGUUUCACUUUGUAAGGCAUUUAUCUAACUUCCCCUUUUUCAUUAGCCUCAAGGAGAAAAGGUAACUGAGCAAAAGGGUUACUAUACUCAGAGCAUCAAGGCAAAGAAGAGAAAGAGAAGGAGCAGUCGGGGUCCAUGUGCUGCAUGAGCCUUUCAUUUGUGUUUUGUAAAGAAUCUUUUAGGCAAUUUUAGAUUUGUGGAAUCUUUUAGAUGCCUCUGCGAAGGGGCGGGUUGCCCCUCCACACCUGUGGGUGUUUCUCGUUAGGUGGAACGAGACUUGGAAAAGAAAAAGGCACAAAGUAUAGAGAAAGAAAUAAGGGGGCCCAGGGGACCAGCGUUCAGCAUAUGGAGGAUCCCGCCGGCCUCUGAGUUCCCUUUAGUAUUUAUUGAUCAUUCUUGGGUGUUUCUCAGAGAGGGGGAUGUGUCAGGGUCAUAGGAUAAUAGUGGAGAGAAGGUCAGCAGAUAAACGUGAACAAAGGUCUCUGCAUCAUAGACAAGGUAAAGAAUUAAGUGCUGUGCUUCAGAUAUGCAUACACAUAAACAUCUCAAUGCCUUACAGAGCAGUAUUGCUGCCCGCAUGUCCCACCUCCAGCCCUAAGGCAGUUUUCCCCUAUCUCAGUAGAUGGAACAUACAAUCGAGACAUUCCAUCACUCAGGGACGGGCAGGAGGCAGAUGCCUUCCUCUUGUCUCAACUGCAAAGAGGCCUUCCUUCCUCUUAUACUAAUCCUCCUCAGCAAAGACCCUUUACAGGUGUCGGGCUGGCGGACGGUCAGGUCUUUCCCUUCCCACGAGGCCAUAUUUCAGACUAUCACAUGGGGAGAAACCUUGGACAAUACCUGGCUUUCCUAGGCGGAGGUCCCUGCAGCCUUCCACAGUUUUUGUGUCCCUGGAUACUUGAGAUUAGGGAGUGGUGAUGACUCUUCAAGCAUCUGUUUAACAAAGCACAUCCUGCACAGCCCUUAAUCCAUUUAACCCUGAGUCGACACAGCACAUGUUUCAGAGAGCACGGGGUUGGGGGUAAGGUUAUAGAUUAACAGCAUCUCAAGGCAGAAGAAUUUCUUAGUACAGAACAAAAUGGAGUCUCCUAUGUCUACUUCUUUCUACACAGACACAGUAACAAUCUGAUCUGUCUUUCUUUUCCCCACGCCUCUGCAUACUGAUUUAAAAUGCAUCCCAUUGUUUUUGUGGAGUUUUUGAUCCUUUCUUUUCUAAUGUGUCCCACAAAUAAACAAUUUUAUUUAAAGUUUC